AUGCUGAGCGCAACAAUUUUUUUUGGGUUAAUCGCCGGAUCUUUUGGCUACUUGACAUUGCUCGAUGGUAAUUGUCCAAAAGUAAAUCCUAGACAACAACUAGAUCCGUAUAAGAUUACCGGAAACUGGUGGUUAGUUGAACGCAACGUUGAAAAUACAGAUCAAAAGGGAACUUGUCAAAAAUUACACUGGGAUUCACCAGUGAAUGGUGAAGUAAGAUGCGUUACCAGCCGCAAUUCAAUGACAACCAAUCUUACUACAAUAGUUGAGGCCCAAGCAACCAUAAAUGAAGACAAUAUCGUUAAAUUCCGUAAUGAAGUCCCUGUUCAGGGAGAAUUCGACGAGAACCAAUGGGUUCUUGCAAUAGAUUACGACUCUUAUUCAAUAGUCUGGAGCUGUACUAAUAUUGGAACCAUGCGUAUUGAGAAAGCCUUCGUAUUCACAAGAAACCGAGAGUUAAUGGACCCGAACUUCGUUGCGGCAGUAUUCAACAGUUACGGCUUAGAUUAUCCUAAUUUCACUGUAAUUGAUAACGAAAAUUGUGAUCCAAACUUUAUUUACUAA